UAAUAAAAUUCAUGUUUUUUUAUGUGCGUAUACGUUAUAUGUAACGUGAUAUGAUAGUAAUGGUUUAAAUAGAGAAAUACGGGGAAUUUUUUUUCUAUUAUAAUCAUAGGUGCAUUGAAAGCUAUACACAACCGAAAUUGGUAUAACCUCGUUCGUUCUGUCAAGAAUUAUAUUUAACGAUAAUACUAUAACAAUCGUUUACAAAAUGACAAGUUACGGAUCACUGUGUACUUGGAUUGCAAUUAUUUUAACCAUUCUGUCAAUAUCCCUUGAUAAUGAAGUUAAUGCCUCUGACAAAUAUUCAAAAAAUGCUUACGGAAGUCGAGAUGAUGAUUCUCGUUCUUCAUCGUCUAAUGAAAGAGGCUGGAACUCUAAUAAAAAUUACAUAGUUGGACCUCACGGAUUUUCUCAUCUAUCGUCGAAUUCACAACAAAACAAGAACGCCCAGAACUCUGCUGGAAGUUCCAAAUAUUCUAGUCCUUCUGGAGCUUCCAGAUAUGCUCCUCAUUAUACUGGAUUUAGUGGCGGUUCUAUGUGGCGUUCUGGUGAGGACCCCAGUAAAAAUAGUGGUUCCAAAUAUGUCAAAACUUAUACCGGAUUUAAUGGCGGUUCUAUGGAGCAAAAAGAAAAAAAGUACAGUAUAUUUGAUCGUCAAGACAACUCAAGAGGUUCUGAUGAGUCUUCCAACUCACGUCCAUGGGGAUAAGUACGUUUUCCAGAAGCUUUUCGUCGAUUUUUCAGUGUAAUUGUACAUCGAGGAAUCGUAUUGUAAUUCUGAAGAAAAAUAAAUGCUUCACUUGAAA